CUUCGAGGGGAACGCAGCUAGAGAAGAAUAAUUGAAAGUAAUUUUGCACCGCGUCGUCUCCAAGAGAAAAAAAGAGCAGUUCCAUUCGGUCUACUGCGUCAGAAGAUUCACUUUAUGGAUGAUGAUAUCCUCUGCGUACGCAGUCUACAAAUAAACAGCGUUUCGUCGAAGAUAAGAAAAAUGAAAGAAAUGAAUCCCGCAAAAAGUGUAGACGUAUUGUCGACGUCGUUUCUCUACUUCAAACUUAUCGGCGCUUGGAGGCCAUUAAAUUUGCCAAAAUGGUUAAGAGUUAUUUACGAUCUGUUUACGAUAUCGAUGGUCAUUCUCAUGUACGAAAUGCUGAUUGUUACCGAAAUCUUGGCCAUUAUUUUCGCCGAAGAGAAUCGGCUAAAAGUUUUUCAGGACAUCGUACACAUAACGAUUACUCACGUGAGUGGUUGCUUCAAAAUGUUGUUCGUAAUAAACAGACGUCAGAGCAUAAUGCUUCUGGUGAACGGUUGCGUCGCUAAACAAUGGUAUCCACCGAGGAAUGAACUCGAAGCUACGAUACUUACCAAGCACAACAAUUUAUCAAGGAGAAUAACUUUAACAUAUGCAACUCUGGUCGGAGCCAGUUUGUUAGCAGCUGUGUUAAAUCCUAUUCUAUACUCGACGAGGGUUUUAACAAUCGCCACUUGGUACCCUUGCAAUAUCAGCUUACCAAUUUGCUAUUGGUCUUCUUAUGCGCAUCAGACGAUGGGGAUCUUGGCUAUGGCAAUAGCGCACGUGGCAACCGACAGUCUUAUCGUUGGCUUCACCAUCAAAAUUUGCACGCAGUUGAAUGUUCUGAAUCAACGGCUACUGUCGAUUAAUUUUCAACUGGAGAACACAUCAGCCCGUUGUCAGAAGAGUCAGGAACAGAGUUUGGCCUUGGAGGCGAUACUCGUUAACGAAUGCAUCGUUAAUUACAAAGAUAUACUGAGAUUCGCCGACUUGUUGAGCAGGACAUUCAUCGAAAUCGUUUUUAUACAGUUUUGCGUAGGACUCACGGUGAUUUGUUCGACUGUUUACUUACUCGCCAAAUUGAGCAUUUUUAGUUACGAUUUUUUCGGAUUAUUUCUCUAUCUCGGAUGUAUGCUGAUGCAAAUGUUCUUAUUUUGCUGGUACGGAAACGAGGUGGUCUUGGAUAGUACGAAACUAUUCCACACGAUUUACAACAUAAAUUGGAUCGAAUUACAAAUUCAAACCCAAUCGAAAUUGUUAUUGAUGAUGCUCGUAGCCUCCUCGCCUAUUCAAUUAUUCAGAGGUGCUAUUAUUAAAGUGAACUUGGAUGCUUUUAUUAACAUUCUCAAGUUUUCUUAUUCAGCGUUCAAUCUUUUGCAAAAAUCUUCUUAAAGAUUCACACUUAUACUGACCAAAGAAUGCAACAAAAUAAGUUAAUAUAUGUAUAAGUUUUGUACAUGAUUGUUAUUGGUAAAAAUAAGAGAUAGUGUGCAUAUAAAAAACUGCUG